AUGGUAGAAGAUGUUGUCGAUUCGGCUCAUGCCAAGGGAGAGGGACACCACCAGUUGGCCAAGGAAUUAUCUGUUCUUCAGCUCAUUGCAAUUGUCGGAACGGUAUAUGGCCGGAGGAUCAUCCAUCAAGAAAACCCUAAAUCUCAUAUUUUUCAAAAGCCCAAGAAGCAAGAACUGCAGUUUCCCCAAUCCACUUCAAAUCCCAUGAUGCAAGCCGUCGCAAACCAACCUGUAUCAGUUGCCAUUGAAGCAAGCGGCAAUGCAUUCCAGUUCUAUUCAGAGAGGGUAUUCACUGGACCUUGCAGAACAGAGCUGGAUCAUGGGGUGGCAAUUGUUGGGUAUGGAACAACUGUUGAUGGGACUAAGUACUGGAUUGUGAGGAACUCAUGGGGAGCUGAAUGGGGAGAGCAAGGUUACAUUAGAAUGCAACGUGACGUCUCAGCCAAAGAGGGACUGUGUGGCAUAGCCAUGGAAGCUUCUUAUCCCAUCAAAAACUCUUCUGGCUUCUAA